GAUCAUUAGAAAAAACAACAGCACAUUCCAACAUGUCUGCCAAUGAAGAUGUCCCUCCUCUGGAGGAUAUGUCAGAAUUGAUCAAACAAGUUGAUGCAUUGAGGGAACUUAAACACAAAGAACAAACUAGGCCUACACAGGUGUUACAAAAUGGACAUGGAGACUCACUUAGAACAAAAGAAAAAAUACCAGAACCAAAGGAAAAGAAGGAAACUAAGAAGAAAACUGAACAGCCUUUAACAGAAAAGAGUGAAAAAUCAAACAGUGCAGCCUCUGUUGAAUCAAGUGCACCUACCAGUAAAACUGGACAAGGUUCUGGCUCUUCAACAUUUGGUGGUAUGAAAAAGGGAUUUUUGUUUGGUGGUGCUCCGAAAUCUAAAUCAGUACAAGAAAAUAAAUCCAUAGUUGCAAAUAAAUCACAGGGUAGUGAAAAUGUCAGUAAACAGUCAAAAACAGGAGGAAAUAAAACUCUGGAAGACAUUCCCUUUGUUAGAAAAAAUGAAGGGGUGAAAUCAGAGGAAUUUAGAUUUUCCGAGGUACAAGAAGCUAUGGAGAAAACAAACAGCAAACUCAUGGAAAACAAAGAUUGGGUGACAGAUGAUUUACUAAGUAAAUUAGAAAAAAAUGAAAAACUUGCCAAAAGAUUACAGGACCCAAAAUUUAUUCAGGCAAUAGGGGACUUCCAGAAGAAUCCAACAGAAGCUCUUCAGAAAUAUGGUAACAAUGCAGAAGUACAGGAAUUCUUCAAGGAUUUUUGUGGACUUAUGGGUGACCAUUUCAGCAAGCUUGAUGACCAGCAGGGUAGGGCAGGUCAGAGUUCUCUCCCGUCACAGCCUAAGGUUGUGACAGGAGGUGGCGCUGACCUGCAGGUCAGGAGCAGCACAAACCCACACCAACCUACUGCAGCAGAUGAGGCCAAGAUGCAAGAGAUCUUGUCAGAUCCGGAAAUAAGAGACAUACUCGUGGAUCCAAACAUACAAGACCUCUUUGAGCAUCUAAGGAAAGACCCCGAGAAAGGACAAAGGCUUCUCCAGACAGCAACUGGAGAUUUACGCCAGAAGAUCCACCGGCUGGUACAAGCAGGUCUUCUACAGUUCCAGAAAACUUGACAGUGGUUCAGCAAGGGCAAAUGAGGAAUAAAUAUGAAGAUGACAAGUUGGAAAGGUUCUCAUGCAAACAUUUCCACUGCAUGAUUGUAGAAAAAGAUUCCCCUUUCAGACAGACUGUCUGAUCAGCCAGAGGGAAAGCUGUAACACAGUCUGUCAACAUGAGAUAAAUUCUGUUAUUAACUAUUGAAGAAUAGAAUUUAUGAAUGUAUGGAUAACUUUGAAUAUGAGAAAUAAAGCAAAUAUAGUAAAACAAGGUUACAAUGAUGGAGUAAUUCAGUAAGGUAUUUCUGCCUUGUUUUAUUUUCAUGCCCCUUACGUCCCAGGGGGGCAUAUAGUGUUUGAACAGUCCAUCUGUUUGUCAAGCUUCCUUGUGUACUUGACUCCUCCAACAGUUUUCAUUUAAUUAAAAUUAAACUUCUUAUACCUCAUCAACAUUAAGUGGAUAUGCACAUUUUCUCGAGAUUUUCAUGCCAUUCUUUUUUAGCAAUUGCCCUUUUUAGACUUUGAAGUAUUACAGCUAUAUCAGAACAUUGUGUACUCUACUCCUGCAAUUGCCAUCCAGAAACUUACUGUUCCUCCUUAACAUGAAUUGGGCAUGUGCAUAUUUUGGGGAUUUUAUGUCCAUCUUCAGUUAUGCCCCUUUUUGUGUCUACAAUAUUACAACUACAUUUGUAACCUUUUUACUUGACUCCUGCUGUUUUCAUUCAAUUCAAAUGAAAAUUGGUAUACAUCAUCAAAGUAAAGUGGACAUGCACAUGUUUAUGGAACUUCUAUGUCUGAUUUCUUUUUGUAAACCAUUUUUGGACUUAAUAAUACCCUCUAUGUAGCAUCUUCAAAUAUAUUCUAUCAAGUAUUUUCAGGGGCAUUUAUUAUACAAUGUUUACGUCAUUCCUGUGAACAAUACUUAUUAAUUUCAGCCUUGUGUCAAGAUUUAUUGAUUAUUAAAUUCAAUAUCACUAUAUAUAUAAAUUUGCAUGUGUUCUAUUAUUUUUUGUUUGUUUGUCAGAUUUUGGCAUCAGAAAUAUGUGAUUAAUUUCAGAAUCAGUAAAAGUUUGUUAUCAUUGAAUGAUUGAAAUUCAGUUCUUACAUGUAACAACAUUGCUAUUUUUUCAUAUUUCUGUGGAAAUAUUGCCAACAUAUCAUGAUGUUUUAUCUUAUGUUUUGAAUAGUAAACAUUUCAAAAAGA